AUGACCGAAUCUCCCAGAUCCGAGAGGUACAUGGACCUCACCCGGUUCAGUACCCCGGUACCUGAAUUGGAUGACCAUCGCCACCAGAUGCAAACACCACGAAUUGAGGCACCAAUCGAGCGCUCGCUCAGCCCGCAUGAUACAACUCAGAUGAACCCUGCAAUGGAAACCCCUGGGCGACCAGACUUGCUCAACGUGCAAGAUGCCCUACGAGAUGGCCCCGUCUUCCGAGACUUUGAAAACGCCGUGGUCGACGACGAUCGAUCGCUGAAUGAGAUUGGGAUGGGACGACGCUUCUCUGUCGAUCCCGCAGCUCAAUAUCAUACCCCUCGCCAUAUCAGCAUUGCGCAGCAUGAUCUCGCCAAUGCCUCGUGUACCUCGUCCGUAUCGGCCCGGUCAUCAUCUCCCCCCAAUUCCGUUGAGGCUUUUGCCGACCCGCGUCGUCGUGAACGCGCAAACACCUUGGACAGCCAUGCACCUCCUGAUUUGGAAGCCAUCUUGCAGCGCACUGUCUCCGGUGGCACAAACAACCGGCGCCCAACUUUCAGCAACGCCAGUGCUAUCCGGCCCCAACUGGGCGAUGUGCCAUUCGAUUCGGCUGAGGAGGCUUGCUUUGACGAGCCAGGUCGUAUCCCCGUCAUCGAUUAUGAGGAAUUGGAGGAGUUUGUAGCUCUGAACCAAAACACAAAGGUUUUUACUGGAAACCGCCGCAAGCAUAGCAUGAGCUCGCAGAGCAAGAAGCCUCGCAUCUUCUACGACCUCCGUCCUGGCGCCGAAAGCCCCGAGGUUGGCGAGGUCAAGAAAACUGAUGCGUCGGACUCUUCCGAUGAAGAUGAGAAGAAGCCCAAAAUCACCGAUGAAAAGGAGCUGCUCAAGUCACUCCAAAACACAAACGAUCCUACUCGUUUCGGCUUUUUCUCGUCCGAGUCUCAGACUACGGUUCAUGCUGCCGACCUGGGAGAUCUGGUGCUUCCAGGCGAAACCUUCCGGGAUCUCUUCGAGCUCGGGCCUGAAGGUGGUGUUUGGUGGCUGGACGUUGUUAAUCCCACCGAUGAUGAAUUAGGUGCCAUAUCGCGAGCCUUCAAUAUCCAUCCCUUGACGACGGAGGAUAUUCAAACUCAGGAAGCUCGCGAGAAGGUCGAGUUGUUCAAGCAGUACUACUUUGUUUGUUUCCGGACUUUCUACCAAAUGGACAAGACCAGCGAGGAGUUCUUGGAGCCAGUCAAUUUCUACAUGGUCGUCUUCCGCGACGGUGUACUGACCUUCUCGUUCGAUGACAACCCUCACGCCGCCAAUGUUCGGAAGCGUAUUGGAAAGCUGCGCGACUACGUGGCUCUCAGCAGUGACUGGAUCUGUUAUGCCAUGAUCGAUGACAUCGUCGAUAGCUUCGGUCCAGUAAUCCGCGACGUGGAGCUCGAAUCUGAAGCAAUUGAAGAUCAUGUAUUCAUCGCGCGUGUCGACGACUUCGAAUCCUUCCUCCCGCGCAUCGGAGGCCUCCGCAAGAAAGUCAUGAGUCUGAUGCGCUUGCUAGGCGGUAAAGCAGACGUCAUCCGUGGUUUCUCCAAGCGUUGCAACGAGCAGUACUCUGUUACCCCCCGUGGUGAUAUCGGCUUGUACCUGGGCGAUAUCCAAGAUCACGUCGUAACCAUGAUGUCGAACUUGUCUCACUUCGAGAAGAUGCUCAGUCGCUCGCAUACCAACUACCUGGCCCAGCUCAAUGUUACUAACCUUGUCCUGGGUAACCAUGUCAACAAGGUUCUUAGCAAGGUUACUCUCAUUGCUACUAUCCUGGUGCCUAUGAACUUGAUCUGUGGUUUGUUCGGUAUGAACAUUGAGGUUCCUGGCCAGCAUCACAAGGGCCUCGAAUGGUUCUUUGGUAUCCUCGGUGUUAUGGGUGCCAUUGUUCUUGUCAGUAUUGGGUUGGCCCGUUGGCAGAGGCUGGUGUGA